AUGGACAAUCGGAAACUUCAACUCAUUCUGCUUUGCGCGCUGGCCUUGCCAGGUGCCCUGGGUGUAAACAUGGAGGAGGUGCUGAUCAAGGAACUUUUCGACGAGAGAAAGUACGACAAUAAACUGCGCCCGGUGAAGUUCAAGAAUGAGACCGUAGUCAUCAACCUGGCCCUGACGCUUUCCAACCUGUUAACCUUGAAAGAAGCAGACGAAACUCUCACGACCAACGUCUGGCUUGAGCAAACCUGGCAUGAUUAUCGGCUGGAAUGGAACCCAGAGGAGUAUGGAGGGAUCAAAGUGCUCCGUCUCCGUCCGGAGAAGUUGUGGCUGCCGGAGAUUGUUCUGGAGAACAACAACGAUGGAAACUUUGAGAUCACUUACAGAUCCAAUAUACUGGUAUAUUAUGACGGAGGCAUCCUCUGGCUGCCUCCUUCCAUCUUCCGCACUGCCUGCCCUAUCAACGUCAAUUACUUCCCCUUCGACUGGCAGAAUUGUACCCUGAAGUUCUGCUCCCUGAAGUACAACGCCAAUGAGAUCGACCUGCAGCUCAGGAAAGAUCAAUACAACAUCACCGAGCCCUAUUAUCAGGUGGAAUGGAUCAUCAUCGACACGGAAAGCUUCACAGAGAAUGGCGAAUGGGAAAUUAUUUACCGCCCGGCUCGUAAAAACAUCAACUGGCUUGUCCCUCGAGACAGCAACAAACAUCAGGACAUCACCUUCUACCUCAUCAUUAAGCGCAAACCUCUCUUUUAUAUCAUCAACAUCGUCAUUCCCUGCAUCCUCAUCGCCUUCAUGAUCAUCCUCGUCUUCUACUUGCCGGCUGACAGUGGGGAGAAGAUGACUUUGGGUAUCUCCAUCCUCUUGGCUCAGUCUGUAUUUCUGCUGCUGAUUUCUCAGCGCCUCCCGGCCACCUCCUUCGCCAUACCCCUCAUUGGCAAGUACCUGCUCUUCGUCAUGCUUCUGGUGACUGCAGUCAUAGUGGUGUGCACCGUGGAGCUGAACAUUCAUUUUCGGAGCCCAAGCACCCACAUCUUGUCUGAAUGGACGAAAGAGUUCUUCCUUGACACCCUUCCGCGCCUCCUCCGCAUGUCCAAGCCAGCGGAGAGCGACCCCGCGCCGCAGGACGGCUUCCUGAUCCGGCGUUCCAGCUCGGUCGGUUAUAUCGCCAAAGCGGAGGAAUAUUUCACCAUUAAAUCCCGCAGCGAGCUCAUGUUUGAGAAGCAGUCGGAGAGACACGGCUUAACUAGACGGAUUACCCCUGCACGACCAAGCCCCCAUGAGGAAGGCUAUUUGCAGGACCAGCUGUACAAUGAGAUCAAGCCAGCCAUUGCUGGAGCCAAUUUCAUCGUGAAGCACAUGCAGGAGAAGAGCAACUAUAAUGAGGAAAAGGACAACUGGAAUCGCGUGGCUCGGACUGUGGACCGUCUCGGCCUCUUCUUGGUGACCCCCAUCCUGAGUCUUGGGACUUUAUGGAUCUUCUUGGUGGGAAUCUUCAACCACCCUCCCGCCCAGCCCUUUGAGGACGACUCUUACGACUACAAUGAAAGUAACCCACGUUUUCUCUAA